AUGUCUACCGAGGACUUGGCGAUUCCGGGAUCUGCCCGAUACAAGCCAAAAGUUGGCCAGGGUGUUCCGGGGAAUUAUUUGACGCCUCCCGGAGACUCAGAUGGUGAGCGCGGAAAGAUUCUUACCCACCAGCACUCUUUCGAUACCGUCUCGAUCGCCACGUCUUCGCCAGAUGAGCUGUUGCACGAGCAGGCGCGGAAGCUCUUCAGAAUCUGCGACGACGAUGGCAAGGGAUUUGUCGUGAAGAUGGAUAUGCAAAAGCUGGCUGACUAUUUGACAGCCUACGAAUUGGAUCAGCUGGAGUCGAAACUGGAGCGGUCAGAUGAAAAAUAUUUUUCGGAGUCUCAAUUUAUCGACCUCCCAGCCACCUUAUUCGAGACAGGAGAACAUUCGCUAGCCGACGAGCUAGCGAUCCUGGAUAUCGGGAAGAGCGAUGAAGCGGCUGAGGCUCAGCGUGAAAUCCAGAGAUCCCAAAUCGAGCGGCCAACAGAAUAUGGUGGUCAUCCACUGGUUGAGGAAGAUGAGCGAGACAUCACCUCAGCUCGUGUUCAACAGUACGUCGACGCCUACUCCCCAAGGCCAAUACAGAACAAGAAAUUCCGGCCCAUCAUCCCGGACGAGGUUGACGAUUUUCACGCAGAUGGUGGUGGGCGAUCGUUGGCGGAUGAACUCAGCCAGGUCGGCAUCCAGAGCAGCAGCGGCAAUAGGAUUCCGCCGGAAUUGGACAUGCGCGCUCCAGAUCGGAUCUUCAAAGUCGUAUUCGUUGGAGAUUCAGCCGUCGGCAAGACCUGCUUUUUGCAUAGAUUUUGUCACAACCGCUUCAAGCCCCUAUUCAAUGCGACGAUUGGGGUCGAUUUCACAGUCAAAUCGAUUCAACUACGAGACCGUCUUAUUGCCGUUCAACUUUGGGACACGGCCGGUCAGGAGAGGUUCCGUUCAAUCACCAAACAGUACUUCCGGAAGGCGGAUGGUGUCGUAUUAAUGUAUGAUGUGACAUCAGAACAGUCUUUCCUUCAUGUUAGGAAUUGGAUAGCGUCAGUGAAGGCGGGAGUCGAUGAAAACGUGGUGAUGUGCCUCGUUGGGAAUAAAGUAGACCUCUUCGCUUCCGAAAACCAAAGAGAACUGACCCGAAAGGCCGGGCGUCAAAUAGCUGACGAAUUCGGGAUGCUGUACUACGAAACUUCAGCCUAUACCGGAUUCGGCAUUACGGAAUGUAUGACAGCGAUGGCUGAACGCCUCCAGAAACGAGAGCAAGACCACCUAGAAGAAGCCCUUCGACUCGAGAUGGAAGUCACGAAGAAGAAGAGCUGGUGUUGUGUA